AUGGUAGAGUACAGACCUUCUCUGGGAUCUACCACACAGCUCUGGUUGCCAGCGGCUGCCGCUGCAGUACUUGUGUUAGUCUCCUGCAUUUUUUGCACUGUCUCAAUCCAAAGGACUGGAAACGCCAAAUUCAUUGCCCCUUUCGUGGGAUCAAAGCAUGCUUGGCUAGCGAGGUGGAGUUUUUUCUACGCUGCUGAAACCGUGAUCCACGAAGGGCACACCAAAUACGAAGGAAAGCCGUGGAAGCUUACUGGAAACGAUGUCAUCGUUCUCCCACACAGAUAUCUCAACGAGAUUCGGAAGCUACCAUUUCAUCAGGCGAACGCGAUGCAAGCAAACCUAGACAAUAUGCAGAGCAAAUUCACACAUCUUGAUAUCCUCAAUACCACUCGGCUUUUUGUUCAGGUUUUGAAAACUAAGGUUAACCCUCAGCUGGCCCUCAUGAUCCCUACAGUUCGAAGGGAGCUAGACGCAGCAUUCGCGAACGAGGUGCCCCCUCCAUCAAUAAACGAGGGAGACUGGACGAGUGUACCAGCCUUCCAGACCAUUCAUCGAAUUGUAGGCCGCGUUUCAGCGCGCAUAUUCGGUGGCCAGGAACUUCGGGAUGACUCUAACUGGCUAAAUACUGCUGAAGGAUAUCUUCACAACAUCUUUGUCACCGCCAUCACAAUCCGCUUGGUGCCUUAUGGAUUCAAGACAGUUGCUUCAUGGUUUCUUCCAUGCUCGUGGAAGAUAUCGUGGAAUUUCUGGAAGGCCAAGCGCAUUCUCUAUCCAUACAUCCGAUAUCGCAAGAGUAUUGUCGAAGAGAAAGCGGCCGAAUUCGCCAGAAAGCGGAGAGAUGAGUUUCCUGACGUCUUACAAUAUUUAAUAGAGCAGGCUACUGGGCGGGACGCUGAGCUCAUGAGCCUAGCAUCUAUGGUUCUCUCCCUGAGUCUAGCUUCGAAUCAUACGACAGCCAUGGCAUUGACAGAAGCCCUAUAUGAUCUAUGUACGUAUCCGGAGUACCAAACCGAGUUACGUGAAGAAGUUCGGUCAGUCAUUGAAGCUGAUGGAGGUUGGAGAAAAACAUCCCUGGUAAAAAUGCGCAAGCUAGACAGUUUUAUCAAAGAAUCUCAGAGGAUGCGCCCUCCCAGUCUUAUGGGCUAUAAACGCAAGAUUACUGAAAAUAUUACCCUCAGUGAUGGACUGCAAUUGCCGGCUGGUGCGCAUGUCGAAUUCGCCAUUGUCCCCAUUCAACAAGACAACACCAUUAACUCAACCGAGUUCGAUGGGCUACGUUACUAUCGUUUGCGACAAGCGCCAUCUCAAGCUCAUCGUCACCAGUUUGCGACUACUAGUGAAUCCGUCUUGCACUUUGGACAUGGGCAAAAUAGUUGUCCUGGUAGAUUUAUGGCGUCCAAUGUCAUCAAGAUGACCCUUGGAAAGAUGAUGUUGGAGUAUGACUUCAAAUUGGAUCAGUUCAAAAGACCUGAGGGUAUACACGCUUUUGAGUACAACUUUCCUAAUCCUGAGGUACAUCUUCUGCUGAGGAAGAGGAAUCAAAUGCCCUCCGUAUAG